GUACGCACCACCAUUGUGAAUUGAUGUAGACUAAAUAUCUAUACUGCUGCUACUAGACCCCGUAUAAUAUCAUUGCUUUGAUCAAACUGAGAAACAUAUCGUUUAUAAUGGACAAAUAAUGGACAUAAGCAGUCUGAUUCUUCUAUAACCCCAGCCAUGGCUGAAGCAUUAAAGACUGUCAUCUCCCAGAGUACAGAGUGUCCAGUAUGUCUUUCUACAUUCAACGAUCCCAAGAUCCUGUCUUGUUCUCACACUUUCUGCAAGACUUGCCUGGACAACCUCUUAGAGUGCCAAGGUAACUGCCAGAUCCGAUGCCCUGUCUGCAGAGCUGUGACCCAGGUCCCAAACCAAGAUGUUGGCAAACUACAGGUAAAUCUUGCUUUGAAGAGUCUGAUAGAGGAUAUGGAGGGUCAUCCUCAGAUUUGCACAAAUUGUAAAUCCGAUGAAAAACCCGAUGCUGUUGUCUACUGCCAAGACUGUGGCAACUAUCUCUGCACAUCUUGUCUUAAUAAGCACUCUCAAUGGGAAGGCUUUAUCGAUCAUGAAGUCAUUGCCAUGAGUGAGAUCUCUUCAGGAAAGGUUUCAGUUCGUAAAUACCGGAAAUGCAGGAAACAUCCAAAAGAAGAAGAGGGUUGCUUCUGUUCCAGCUGCAGGAGAUUCACAUGCUUCAGGUGUGUUGUUAUGGAACAUAAAGACGAAGGACACAAGGUCAUCGAGGGAGCUGCUUAUGAGGACAAACACGUGAAGAACAUCGAAGACCUGAAAUCAAAGGUGGACAAGAAACAAUCAUGCUUUCAGAAGUACAUUGAUUUCAUAGAUGAAGAGACCAAGAGUGUUGACAAUGCCAAGAAACAGUGUACAAGUGACAUCAACAAAGCAUAUGAUGAUGCAGUCCGGCAGUUGUCAGAGAAGAGAGAAAGCUUGCUAAGAGAAGUCAAGGAAACGACUGAAGGAGUAGAGAAAGAACUGGAAAGCAUGAAGACCACGGCUAAGAAGUACAUCAAUCAGCUGACGACCAUGGCUGAAAUGGUAACUAACAAAACAAAGAUUCCAUUAGAUAUGGAUACUUUGGCUGCACACGACACUCUGUGUGAAGAGUUACGAGAGGUCUUUGAUCAAAAGGAUCCUGACUACGAGCAGCCGAAGAAAUCGGGCAUAAAGGGGAAAAGUGUCAAUUUCGAGAGAAAUGCUGGAGUGGAUGAGCUAGGCCUUGGAAAGAUUGUUAAUAUUGUUAAUGUAAAGAACGUUGCUUUGCCAGCUAAGAAUAUCAUGGAGGCCAUGGUUAGUACACCAGACGGUAGGAUGGCAGUAGGAUGUAGUACAGGUGGUAUCUCCAUCUUCUCUCCUGAUGGUCAGCUUCAGCAGACAAUUCUUAAGGAUGUUAAGAUUGGUGGGGUAGGGUUCCUCUCUGAUGGUCGAUGUGUUGUGAUUGAUACUUCAAACAACAUCACACUGUACACACCAGAGUACACACAAUUGAAUGUAAUGUUUAAGACUCUGAGUCGAUUUGAAGGUGGGGAUUCUGAUCUCACUGUUGAUGGUGAUGAUCAGAUCUAUGUGGGCUACAGGAAUGCCUGCAAGAUCCAGGUAUUUCCAGCAUCAGGUGGGCAAGCGAUCAGGGAGAUACCAUGCAACGGGUAUGUACCUCGGCGAAUCACUAGUUACCAUGGUUCUCUGAUCACUUCAUCAUUUGAUGCUAUCAGAUUGAUAGACAAACAGGGUGCUGUACAACAUGAAUUAACGGAACCGAAACCUAAUAGUUUCGCUGCUGUAUCUCAAUGGAAUACAAUCCUGAUAGCCAAGGUGAAGCCUGAUGAAGGUUUGGUGAGCAUUGACGAGUAUACAAAUGAACUAAGGCACAUCCGAAACCUUGUUAAUGAUUACAAGGUUGAGAAGCAUUGGAGAUAUUGGUAUUAUCUCCAGCAGUACCGAUCAGGAGAGAUCGCUUUCUGCACUUCGGAUAGACUCUAUAUAUUCCGCUUGAAAUAAUUGAUGCCAUGAUAUCAUAAUUAUUAUCGCAUAAGAUGGGGGGGGGGUGAGACCCACUGAGUUGCCAUUUUCUGCUAAAGUAAGCUGCUAUAAUGUAGAAAUACAUGAAACAAUUGUUGGAUCAUUUCUUUCUCGUUUCUCACCCAUAAAAAGCAUUUCGCUGCUCACAACUUUUUGUUUUCAACUUUGCAUGUACCAACCAUCAUAUUUAUCAUGUUUAUCCUCUGUGUGGGGAAAUUCUAGACUAUACUUGCAUGUUUUCAUAAAUUGGAAGAUAUCGUGAUUAUAUGCUGUGAAUCUAGACAUUAUUAUAACGUGUGAACAUAUGAAUAUUAUUUUUAUGGAGAUGGUCUGAUCAUUACUCUUCGAUAUUUUUCGGAAUGUGAAACACUUAAAAAGAACUUAUUUCAUUUAGGAAAAUAUCACGAAAAAUGCAUAAAACAGCAUAUAGUCAAUGGAUCUCAAUUUUUAGUUUCAGCUUUCCACUUAUCAAGCAUCAUCUUUAUCAUGUGUAUCCUAUGUGAGGGAAUUUCUCGUGCUUAAAUAUUAGACAUAAUGUUAAAUAUACAUAUUGUAACAGUAUCCUGUUUAUGUGAUUUGUUCAACUGAUAACCCAUAAUGUUUAUUCAGUUAGAGGGUGCACUCUUGCUAAGUGAUAAAGUACCCCUUUCUACCUGUAAGAAAUCUCUUACUACUCUCUGAUGUUCGAGUCAAGUAAAACCACUUAACAACCCAACCACAACUUGAAACACAUAUUUUAUGGGAAACCAAAUGUUUCUCGAUGUCAUAUGCAUGUAUAUAAUAUUUGUCUAGCAAUGACUAUCGUGGCAAUGUGAUAUUUACCAUUGAUAUUAAUGAGUGUUUGCUAUACUGUUUAUGAUUUUAUGAUAAAUUGGAAUAUGUCGUUAUUCUAUGCUAGUAUUCUAUCUAGACAUGAUUACACUGUGUAAAUAUAUAAAUAUUAUCUUCAUGGAAAUGGUCUGAUCUACGCUCUUUGAUAUUUUUCGAAGUAUUUCAAUUUCAAAAUGCAAUUAUAUAUGAUAACUUGAAUGUGAAACAAAACAAACAAAUAUUACCGGCAUUUAAGAAAAUGGCACGAAAAUGCAUAAAAAGCAACGUCAAUGGAUUUCAAUUUUUAUUUUGAGCUUUGCAAUCAUCAAGCAUCAUCUUCAUUAUGUUUAUCCUGUGUGGGGAAAUUUUUAGUUCUUGUAUUUUAGACAUAAUGUCAUUAGAUAUAUCAUGAGAAAUCAAAAUGAUUCUCUAUUCAUAAACAUGUAUUUAAUUUAACUACAUAUAGUAAUGACCAUGGUAGAAGUGUAAUAUUUACUAUUGAUAUUAAUGAGUGUAUGCUAUACUGUUUAUGGUUUUAUGCAUAAAUUGGAAUACAUCGUUAUUCUAUGCUUUUAUUCUAUAUAGACAUGAUUACACUGUGUAAAUAUAUAAAUAUUAUCUUCAUGGAAAUGGUCUGAUCUACGCUCUUUAAUAUUUUUCGGAGUGUGAAACUUUCUAAUUCUUGUAUUUUAGACAUAAUGUUAUUAGAUAUAUCAUGAGAAAUCAAAUAAUUAUCUAUUCAUAGAAAUGUAUUUAAUUUAACUACGUAGUAAUAACCAUGGUGGAAGUGUAAUAUUUACCAUUCAUUUUCAAGAUGGUAUGCUAUACUAUGUAUGUAUUUACUUGUAAUGUAUAUUUUUAUGCAUUGAUCAGGUAGAUAGGAAGUGAGAUCAUGAUUUUUACGGUAAAAACAACGUUAUAGAACACGCUUAUACCGUGUAUUUUAUUAAUUUUUUUUUUACCUGUAUUUGAUUUAUAACCGAUGUGAAGUACACUACUUCGAUAUAUUCGAAGAAAUUUAAUUUGAAAAUGCAAUUAUAUGGAAUAACUCGAACGUGAAAUAGAAUAGCUUUACGGAGAAUAGCUUAUUGUAUUUCAGGCAAAAGCACGAAAUGUAUAGUAAAAUCGCAGUUGUAAUGAGUCAAUGGAUGUAGAUAUUUGCCAUCCAUGGAAGUCUGACGAACUUUUCAUUGGUCAAUCACUAUAUUAAAUCUAUAUUUAUAUAUUGUUUUGCAUAUAUUAUAAUUCUGUAAAAAUAAACGAAAUCAAAUGGAGCGAAAUUAAAAUUUUUGAGGGGGCAAAAUUCCUAAAAAGCUGGGAGCGAGCAAAACAGUGCAAACAUCUAAUUUUGUGAUAGAUCUCGACAUAAUAUUCAGACAAUGAUAUGUUCAGCCUUUUAGUUUCAUUUACUUUUCUUCUUUUCCCCUUGGUCGUGAAAAUCUUGAGAAAAGAACAAUACGUGUAUUACUCAAUCAAAAUGUUACAUUCUAUCUAAGUUUGGAAAAUUAUUCAAUAAUAUAAUUUCAGAUUUCUGCUUCGAAUUUUGCCUUUUAAAAAGGAUUCAAUUCGAUAGAAGAUGACGUCAGAUAUGACUUUCUAUUACCGUGGAAAAAAUGAAACUAUAAUAUCAUAAGUAGUUGUAUUUUCUACAGGUAUACUUAUUUUAGCAGAAAUUCUCUUUCAUUAAGAAUCAUGCAGUAUAUCCAGAAUGAAGAGAAAACGUCAUUAAUUAAUUAUACAAUUGAGAAGGAUAGUAUGAUCACUAUGAAUGCAAUUGUUUAUAUUUGCACAAAUAUGAUCGAGAACAGUGAUGUGCAAAUGUAUAAAUAUAAUAACAUUUAAGUAUUUAAGAACCAAGUUCACAUUAUACAGCUCUACAAUACGAUAUGUCAAGUUUACAAGUAGAAUCAGUUUAUCAAAAGGUAAAUCAAUUAUGCUCUUCAUUUUCAGGAAUUAUAAAAAUCAAUUUGAUCAUAGUAUACAUAAUAAUUUUUAGAAAUCUUCUUAAAGUGUACGAAACCAAACAUUAUAAUGUCAACGUUGGAAAGUGAAUAAAGGAAAUGUAAUUUAAAAAUCUGUA